GGCUUGUCAGAAACUGUUUUCUGCAGUUUUGGUGCAUAAAACAUAUCUGCAGUUUUAAUUGUGAUAUAUAAAAUGUAAUAUAGUUUAUAGUUAUACAGCGUAAUUCAUCUAUUUUGCAGUUUUUACAAAGUAAAAUGUGCAGUGUACGGCAAGUUUAUCUUUAGUUGUAAAGAAGGAUGCUGAUAACCUAUGCAAGAGGUCAAUAGACUUAUUUUCUGUUUUCGAAUCGCACGGAUAAUAGAAAUCGGUCGCUCGCGAUGGAUCACGCCGAGCUCAUUCGCGAGAUGCCCGACGUGGAGCAGAUGCCCACGCAGGAUCGGCUCAUCUUGGCCAAGCAGCGGCGCAAGCAGCAGCUAAAGCUUUAUCAGCAAAAAGACAAGGAACACAGCAGAAAAACGGCCAAGCAUCACAAAAGCACCAAGCGAAACAUCUACUUUAACGACAGCGUCGUGCUUUUAGAAGCUGCUGCCAGAAAUGAUCUAGAAGAAGUAAAAAGACUGCUAUCAAAAGGCGUAAGUCCUGACUCGUGCAACGAAGAUGGCCUUACUGCCCUUCACCAGAGCUGCAUAGACGACAACGAACCCAUGUUGAUGUUAUUGUUGGAUCACGGGGCCAAUGUCAAUGCGGAAGACACGGAAAAAUGGACGCCACUACACGCUGCUGCCACCUGUGCGCAUAUUAGAUUAGUCAAAAUUUUGAUAACAAGAGGUGCCAACCUUUUGGCGGUGAACGCGGACGGCAACAUGCCUUACGACAUUUGCGAGGACGAGACGGCGCUCGACUACAUCGAAGGCGAAAUGGCGAAAAGAGGCGUCACGCAGGAACUGAUCGACGAAACAAGAGCAGCCACCGAGAAAAAGAUGCUGAUCGACAUGAAGGAGCUCUACAAUGCCGGCGGUGACCUUGAGGCGCACGACAAUCAAGGUGCUACGCCGUUACACAUAGCUGCUGCAAAUGGAUACAUAUCAGUGGUUGAGUUUCUUUUGGAUCACGGAGUUCCUACUGACUUAAAGGACAAAGAUGACUGGCAACCUUCCCAUGCUGCUGCUUGUUGGGGACAUUUAGAAGUAAUUGAACUGUUGGCCCAAGCAGGAGCUAAUCUUAACGCAAAAAACAAACACGACGAAACGCCAUCAGAUAUUUGCGAAGAUAACGAAAUAAAGGAGCGCAUAACUGCGCUGCGUACCGAACAGGACCUCAAGCGACAGCAGGAAGCGAAGAAGGCCAAGGUGCGCAGAUCGCAAAGCAACACCAGAACGCAGUCGGUCAGGAGGACGUCGCUAAGAGAAAAAGGACUGUCGUCGAAAAAAGACGUCGUCAAUGAGGCCAACCGGCUACGAAUGGCGCUCGCCGACAAAAAGGGUUUGGAUACAGCCGACAUUCCGCGAUCGUCCCCGACAGUUGACAAUGCGAACGCGUACAACCACAACAGCUACGCGACAAACAACAACAACUACAACAACACAAGCAGCGGCAUCGUCGAGCCGCCGCGAUCUCCGAUCGCGACCGAAAGCAACGCGAUCCAGGUGAUCGAGAACCGAUCGGCGCCCGAGGGCAAAGACGACGACUCGCUGAUGGAGAGCUCCAUCAUGGACACCAAGGAGAACACCUACACUGACGUCAACGGAAAGGUCACCGUUCACGUCGUAGUCACCAUAAACGGCAACGGCACUUUGGCCGACCUCAAAAAGCAACGCUCGCAGAUCAGGAACAACAGCUCCGACGUUGCCAGUCUUACUUCGCCGUUGGGUAGCGUUUCCGAAAACGAUUCGGUAACUCCCAGCUCGGACAUAAUCCGGUUUACCGGCACCACUACCGAGGAAAACGUGGAGUAUGCCAAGCCCAAACGUUGUUGCUGCAUACAGUAGACUUUGCUCAGUAUUAGGUAUGUUACUACUAAAGUUGAAUUUAUAGAUUGCCGUCCUUCCAUCCGCCUUGCGCAAAAUAUCGUACUCUACGCCAAAUAUAAAUCUUUUAGUGUUGGCUGGUGAAUUUACCUACGAAAUAUAUUUAAGAACUAUAUAAAAUAGUCAGUAUUAAACAAUUUGAGUAUUAAACUGAUUGGACCUGCCCCUUAAGCCUCAAGUCUUGUUUUUGGGAUUUUAUAAAAAAACUUUUUUCUAUAUGCGAAAUUCGUAUAAUACACUGCGCGUCAAAAUUAACGCAUAAUAAGUAAAAAAAUUCUAAAAACUAAACUAAAAAAAACUCUAAUGAAAUUUUGUAUAAAAAUACUAUAUCUCAGUUUACGUGUUCGAGGGUUUUUCGAGAAAAUAUUUAAUAAUAAAAAAAACGUUUGAAAUAUAACUUUUAGGGAAAUUUUUUUUAAGUAAAUAAAAAAUAUGCUGUUAAAGACCGUAU